UCUUGUUUCUAAUUUUCUCCUCGAUUUUAUUUCAUAAAUCAUAUUUAGAUCAAUAUUAACAGUAAUUGAGUUCAUCAAGAUUUUGUUUUUGGAUCCAAUCUUUUCAAUUUCCCUUUUUCCCCUUAUCAAUUCCUCACCUUUCCCAUUACUUGACUAGAUCGUAAGGGUUUAGGGUUUAUCGACUAGGGGUUCGUGAAAAUUCUUGUCUAAUAACCCAAUUCAUCAAAUUUUAUAUCUAGGGUUUCUCCAGUUUGAGAAUUCCCUGUGAAAAAUUCCAUUUUUCUGCAGAUUCUUCAGGACUUUUUUAGGGCUUAAUGCAAAAUGGGUCAUACUCACCACGGAAAAGGGAAACCCAAGAUCUUCGCAAGAACAAAUGAGAUCAUUAGGGGUCUCAAUGAGAAGGAGGGGAAAGAUGGGACGAAUUUGGGCUGUGAGAGUAAUUUGGAGGAUUAUUUAGAGCGUGAUGACUUGGGUCAAGAAAUUGAUGUUGUUGGAAUCGGGCAAGAUGGUGGUGAAUUUGUCGGGAUACAGAAAAAUGAGGACCGUGAAGCGAUGGAUGAGCAAUCAAGUUCUUUUGGAAACACAUUCUCAGGCUCAGAGGAUGAGGUGAGAAGCUCAAGCGAUGUGGAGGCGGAUUCACAGUUUGCAAAUACUCCCACAUCGCAAUUUGGACAAGCACAAUUUGCGCCUGAAGAGAACAGGGCGCAGUUUGUUUCGGGUGAAUUUGGUAGAAUUUGCAAGAAGAGAAAGGUCACUGCUCAUUGGAGAAAGUUUAUUGGCCCUCUAAUGUGGAGGUGUCAGUGGCUAGAACUGCAGAUGAAUGAAUUAAGAUCACAAGCCUUAUUGUAUGACAAGGAACUAGCAAAAUAUGAGGGUGAGAAGCAGCUGCAGUCAAAAAUGAUAGAAUUAGAUUAUUCUGUUUCCAGAUUGGUACCUACCUCUUGUCAAAGGCACAGAAAACGAGUCAUGGAGAGGGUUAAAAGAAAGAGAAUUGAAGAUACAACUAAUAUAUCAUCAUACAUGUCAAACCACAACCUGUUCUCUUAUUAUGAAAACAAGAAGAGACCAGAAACUGAUUGCCAAUCAAUCGAUAAUGAUUGUGAUGAUCGAGUUGAUGAGGUCAAGAAAUGCAAUGGAGAGUAUAAAUCAUCUUUACUUGGCCUUAAGGAUGGUGAUGACUUUUUAGAGGAAAUCAUUUUCAACCUUGACGGUGUUCAAUCCAAGGUUCUUAGUCUGAAGCCUCAACUAAGCCUGGUGAUGAGCAGAAUUGCGCAGAUAGAACCGCGUGUUAGCUAUGCUAGAAGCCUUAGUUGCUCUCCUGGCAAUAAUGGAGAUAUGCCAUCAGACGAUACUUUAGAGUUGAAAGUGCCUGGAACCGCAGUUUCCAACUAUGCUAAUGCCACUGAUUACAAAGAUGAGGCUGAGGAAGAGAUUGAGAAUUUUGAGAAGGUCACACAUGGGACAGUGAAAUUCCAAGAAGUGAAGGAAGAAACCAAGUCCUGCUCUGAGGAUGCAAAGCCUACCGGUAAACCUUCGAUAGGAGAACCAGGUCCUGAAGAAGAAAAUGGUUAUGUACCAGUUCUGAGACCCUGCUAUACUGGGAAAAAAAGAGGCCGGAAACCUAAGAAGAAACAGAGAGGAGGUUCUGUUUCUGGCUUAGUGAGUAAGAGGGUUCAGAAACGGCAACACAACUGAGGAAAAAAGAUUGCCGUUGAUAUUCUGAUAAACAAUCAGAUAGCCAAGGAAUAACUUAGAAUUUUGAGAAGGUAGUGAUAAGAAAGUGAAACUCCAAGAAGUGAAGGCAGAAGUCCUAUGGAAGAAUCGGAGAGGUGGUUCUGUCUCUGGCUCGACAGCAACUGGAUUAGGAAAUCUCAUCUUGACUGAAUAAAACAGGUUAAUCUCUUUGAAUUUUUUUUCAAAUAUUUUCUUUUUCUUGGAAAAUAUAGUCCUGGUGAAAAUAUGAUUGUGGUAAUCACUGCAUGGCUUAAAUUUUUUAUUCUUCAUGUUUUCUUGUCAUUUCUAUAUCUUUAUAGAAUCAAUGGAAAUUUUAGCAUGUUUGAGAUCUA